CGUAAAAGAACUUCAGCGAAGAACGAGCGAUCCAUACCCCAAAAACAUUAAAGCUCGUGUAGUUUGAAUUCGUUCGGAGAAGAAAGGCAGAAGAACAGAACGGGGAAAAAAGCCGUAGUGAAGUGACAAAUUCGAGAAAUAACUCAGAAAAAAUCGGUAGUGUGGAGAGCGGAGGUAAAGCGUGAUGACUACUUGAGCGUUGUUCUACCGCGCGUAGGUGAUCGUAUCAUCGUGUUCAGUGUGCAGGAAAUCAAGACGAUCGCGCAAUCAACAUGACAGCCAGCGAAAGUCCCACGAAGUCAUCGGUGCGGCUAGCAACGACAAACGCUUCCCAUCAUAGUGGCACCUCGUCCACUGCCACGGCAGCCAAUGGGCCAACGUCUGGGACGGCGACAAGCAGUGGUGGCGGUGGCAGUGGAACGGUCAUCACCAAGCAAUGGUGGAAGGUGUGCUUUCUAUACGGCGGCAAUCAGGAGAAGUACUACCGGCAGAUCUACGGUAAGGCCGCCUCGGAACGUUUGGCAGCUGCCAGUGCGAAGCAAAUGGCAACCACCACCACUACACCAGAGAACGGAUCUUCACCGAUCGCCAGUGAUAGCGAGCGCACCGGCGCGAAUGGCUUAAGCACCGGUAAAUCCUUUCCCACACUUCCAACCAAGAAACAAUCGCCCUCGAAUCGAUUCCGUGCGUCACCCACGGGUGGUUCGGGAUCGCCUGCACUGGUGGAAGAUGGGUUUCACUUCCGGAAAGGAUCACCGGUGAUUAAGUCGGCCUCUUCACGCUCCAGUCUAGCGAUGCCCAGUGUCCCGGCGGUUGGACCUGGGGAGCGUUCGGCGCGUGUUCCACCGAAUGCACCGGUCGGAAUCCUUCGCAAGCGCGUGACUGUGCUGGACGAUUCGUUUCUGCUUGGAAAUGGCGCUGAGCUGGCGUUCGGUUCCGAGCUGGAAGCGGAAGUGGACGAACAGCGAUCGGAUAGCGGCAUUAACGUGGACGCCCGUCAACCGUCGCCUCCGGUGGUCGCAGAAGAGCAGCAGCAGCAUCAGCAGAAGCAACACCGGCAACAGCAACGGCUCGAGUGCCACCGGCCAGGCAUGCGCCGAACGUUCCACCUGAGCGGUGAGGAGCUGCGGCUGCUCAACUUUGACCACGAGCAGCAGCAAGACAUUGCAGGCUCGCUGGCGUACGCUGCAUCCUCCGCGAACGGUAUCUCGACGUCUGCCCAUCAGCAGCAAAUUAGUGCCGCAAGCAAUCCAUCAACAUCAUCAUCAACAACAGCAGCAACAUCAGCGCCACCAUCGUCAUCUUCCACAGGGAACAUGAUGCGCCGUCCGCCAGCAAAUGCCCCUGGGAACGCUGGCGGAUCGUUAGCGGGAACACCGAUUACAACGGGAGCUUCCGUCGUCGCCGUGUCGCCGGGCAACAAUGAUGUGUCCUCGUCGCCGUUCGUUCCGUCAGUACAAAUGUCGUAUCCAUACCAAAAAUCCCAUCAUCAAACGCAGCAGCCGCAGCAGAACGGGCACCCGCAGCAUCAGCUGAUGCUGCAACAGCAACAGCAGGCUGAUCAUUCGCCCCAUCAUCAUCAUCAUCAUCAUGUCCAUCAUGCGACCGCCCAUGCCUACCCGUACGAGUUGGGGCGCAGUCCGCUGCGCAGCCCCCAAUCGCCCCCCUUGUACAGUGGGAAACCGCCACCACCGCCACCCCAGUCCUACCACUCCUAUCAGCAACCGCCCACAGCAGCCCAUCCGCCCGUAUCACUCUCGGGAGCUCCGGCAAGCAUGCCGGGCAUGAUGCCAGGACAACAGCCACCCGGGAUGACCCUUUCGCUUGGUGGUGGCGGUGGUGGAGGUGGCAGUGCGGGAGAUUGCUUUAUGUUGCCACCACUCCAACCUCAAUCGCCCGACGGACUGUCGACAGUGACGAACACGAGCAGUACGGCCACGAAUGCUCCCUCGGCACGCUCCGUCUACCCGCAGCAUCAUCAGCCGCCGUACCCCGCGAUCGGAUCGUCCCACCAUCCGUUCCAUUCGCCGGCAUCGGCAGCCGCCCUGAUCGGACCAUCGAUGCCACAGCACGCACAGCAGCAGCAGCAGCACCAAAUGCAGCCUCACCACUACUCCUCGAUGCAUCUGCUUGGUCCGGCCGGUGGGCCACCGUCCUCCGUUGGGCCGGCCAGCAUGGUCGGCAUGAUGGGACCGGGUGGACAUGGUGGUGGUGGUGGUGGUGGUGUUGGCGGAGGAGCAGGUGGUAUCGCAGGUGGAGUUGGCGGUGGACCGGGCGGCGGCAUGGGCGGAGGUCAUAACUACUCGCAGUCGGACGACGACAGUGGCUGCGCACUGGAGGAGUACACCUGGGUGCCGCCCGGGUUACGUCCGGAUCAGGUCCAUCUGUACUUUUCCGCCAUCCCGGAAGAUAAGGUCCCGUACGUAAACAGUAUCGGCGAGCGGCAUCGCGUUCGACAGCUGCUGCAGCAGCUUCCACCGCACGAUAAUGAGGUUCGCUACUGUCACUCGCUGACGGAUGAGGAGCGCAAAGAGCUGAAGCUGUUCUCGGCCCAGCGCAAGCGAGAAGCGUUGGGACGCGGCACGGUCAAGCAGAUAACGACCACCUUAAUAUGCGAACGGUGUGGCGAGUGUGCGUCUUCCGGCGACAUGAUGGUGUUUGCGUCACGGUUCGAGCCCAACACCUGCUGGCAUCCGGCCUGCUUCGCCUGCUGCGUCUGCAAGGAGCUGCUGGUCGACUUGAUCUACUUCCACCGGGAGAAUCGGCUGUACUGUGGCCGGCAUCAUGCCGAAACGCUCAAACCACGUUGCUCCGCCUGUGAUGAGAUUAUCCUGGCCGAUGAGUGCACCGAAGCGGAAGGACGAGCGUGGCACAUCAAACACUUUGCUUGUUUCGAGUGCGACAAACAGCUUGGUGGACAGAGGUACAUUAUGCGUGAUGGGAAACCUUACUGUUUGCAUUGCUUCGACGCCAUGUUUGCGGAAUACUGUGACUACUGCAGCGAACCGAUCGGCGUCGAUCAGGGCCAGAUGAGCCACGAUGGUCAGCACUGGCAUGCGACGGAUCAGUGUUUCGCCUGCAGCACCUGUCGCUGUUCGCUGCUCGGGCGUCCGUUCUUGCCGCGUCGGGGGGAAAUCUAUUGCUCAAUUGCCUGCAGCAAGGGUGAGCCACCGACACCUUCCGACGGUUCACUACCGGCUGCGGCAGCUUUCCUGCACGGGAACGCCCGAAACAAUCGAACGCUCGACGAGCAGCAGCAGCAGCAGCGUGACGAUGCUCAUCGAAGCUCACAGCCGUCCCACACUGCAGCCCGUUCGCCGGAACCGUUACGAAGUCCCGAUCGAGGCACGGGACGCCUUUCACCUCCGCACACGGAAGUAAGCAACGGAGGGGAAUCAACGAUCGAUGGCAACGGAAACGAUGAGAUGACGCUUUCCUGCUACACUGCAGCGACCAGCAUCACGACGUCGAUGUCGGCUGCGACGGGUAAUACCAGUACGACACUUGCCACUACUGCCACCAACAACACGGCACCUGAGUCGGCCACACUGCACGCCACCGAGCACGAAGUACAAAGCCAUGAGGCCGCCAGCACCGUCGGAAGCGAUCGUGACCAUCAACUGCGCAGUCCCGCUUUCAAUGGGACGACAACGGACAACGGUACGGGGACGGCGGGUGGCGGUGUAGGCGACUCGAACCGGCACCGCAUUCCGCAGUGUUCGCCAGAAUUGAACCGACUGCUGCACAAAGAUCGCAGUCGUCAACCGCUGGAUCUAACCGACCUGGGGCACAGUUUGGAACAGCACUGGCAGUCGGAGCGUACGGGAAGUGAAACGAUCUCGAUCGCUACGGCUACUGCUACGGUAAGAACGCAGGUGACGGGACCGAUUGCCGGUGGUAAUGGAAAUGGUCCGACCGGUGGUGGACCAAUCCUAACGUCCUCAAUGCCGGAGCUGAAUCGAUGUUUAGCGGCAGCGGGCUCGGGUGGAUCGCCGAGCUUCAGUGGCACCAACAGUCCGACGCCGAUGCCGAUCGAGGACAGUGUCGUUGCGAAUGGGGGCGACGAUGCGGACGAACAGAACCAAAACGCCUCCGACGCGUCCCAUUCGAUCGUGGAGCUUCCGACGCCACCGCCAAUAGUUAUCAAGAAGGAAGUACGAUUUGAGGGAGAUUUCCAAGAUUCGUUGCCCCGCACCAAGAGCUACUGCCAGCGGAACGGUGGACAGCGUAACCGGGCAGCCAAAUCGUCCAAGCGGAGAACGGACUACGAUCGCUACGAGCAUGGAUCUUCGUCCUCCUCCUCCCGCCGCCAUCAUCAUUCGGUAUCGCAGCAGCAGCAGCACGAUCGCAGCGGCGGUGAUCGUCACGGGUCUAGCUCCUCCGGCAGCAGACGAUCACCUCGUCGCCGACGCCAUACUUCCCGCGACGAGCCGAGCCACCACCAUCAGCGGAGAAGCAGCUACGCAUCGGAUGACGAUGAGCUGGCCGAGGACGAAACGGACAACUACCACCAUCGGCGCCAUCAUCAUUCGCAUCAGCGCGAACAGCAGCGCCCGGUAGACGAUUCGGAUGCGCGCAGCGUCUGCUCUACCUGCUCCUCCAGCUCGUCCAGUGCCGAUGACGAUGUGUACGAGCUGCCCCUGCGCCGCACUUCAUACGGUGGCACGAGGAUACACUAUAUGCCAAACAACUCGCUGGCCUGCGCUAGAAAGCGGAAGCAGCUGCAGACGUCUUCCGGUGUCGCCGGUCAGCAUUAUGAGAAGGACAAUAAGAAUUGUAUCAUAUCGUAGAUAAGCAUGGUUGUGAGUGUGUGCAAGUGUGCGUGUGUGUGUGUGUGUUGUGUUCAUGUUCCAAAACUCUUUGUUACAUAUCUUUCUUGUCUGGUGGGGCUUUUCCCGCAACUAGGUUUACGAUUUGAACGUGAAAGCAAUAUUAAAAUAAAAAGUAAGCAAAGAAUGGUCGAAGAAA